AUGGAUGCUCAAUCACCCUUAUACAUGGGCUUCGAUUUGAGCACUCAGCAAUGUAAAUGUAUCGUUGUCCAGUCUAACCUAAAGCUCGUUUACGAAGCCAAAGUAGACUUUGAUGCCGACCUCUCUAAGUAUGGCAUCGAAAAAGGCGUACUUCAGAACCAAGCGGAAGGGGAGAUAUUCGCGCCUGUGGCCAUGUGGCUUGAGGCCAUUGACCUUGUGCUGCAGCGUCUCAAGGAGGAUGGCCUUGACUUCUCGCGUGUCAAGGGUAUUUCAGGGGCGGGCAUGCAACAUGGUACAGUUUUCUGGAGUCAAGAUGCCGAGGACUUAUUAGGCGCGUUAGAUGGGGGUCAGAGCCUACUGGAGCAGCUGGAGGGGAGCGGGACGGAGAAGAAGGCGGGAGAGGGCAGAGGAGCUUUCAGCCAUCCGUUCAGUCCAAAUUGGCAGGAUGCUAGUACGCAGGCGCAGUGUGAUGAGUUUGACAAAUGCUUGGGUUCGCCGGAGAAGCUGGCGGAGGUUACGGGGAGCAAGGCACACCAUCGGUUUAGCGGCCCUCAGAUCCUCCGCUUCCGGCAGAAGUAUCCAGAGUCGUAUAAGAGGACCACUCGUAUCUCCCUUGUUUCCGCUUUCCUGGCGUCGCUCUUCCUCGGCCGCGUCGCACCCAUCGACAUCGGCGACGUCUGCGGCAUGAACCUCUGGAACAUCAAAGCCGGCGCCUGGGACGACUCUCUCCUUUCCCUCGCCGCGGGCUCUGACGGCGUGGAUGAUCUCAAGAAGAAACUCGGCGACGUGCCCGAAGACGGCGGCGCAGUCUUCGGCACCAUCAGCCAGUACUACGUCUCCCGCUAUAAUUUCCCCCCGGACUGCGCUAUCAUCCCCUUCACAGGCGACAACCCCUCGACGAUCCUCGCGCUCCCCCUCCGUGAAAGCGACGCCAUCGUAAGCCUGGGCACCAGCACGACUUUCCUAAUGAGCACACCCCGCUAUAAGCCGGACCCGGCGUACCACUUCAUGAACCACCCGACGACGCGUGGGCUGUAUAUGUUCAUGCUGUGCUACAAGAACGGCGGCCUGGCGCGCGAGCGUAUCAGAAACGCGCUCAACUCCGAAAAGCCAGACGGGCAGGAAGAAAACAGCUGGACCGCCUUCAACAACGCCGCGACCUCGACGCCCCCGCUCGGCCGGACGUCACCAGACGACCCAAUGCGCCUCGGUCUCUUCUUCCCGCGCCCAGAAAUCGUACCAAACGUGCGCGCCGGAACGUGGCGAUUUCUAUUCCGCCCCUCCUCCGUCGACCUCUCGCCCGUCGAGCCCAACGACCCAGCUUGGCCCGCCCCCUCCGCCGACGCCCGCGCAAUCAUCGAGUCGCAGCUCCUGUCUCUGCGCCUGCGGAGCCAGGGCCUCGUGUCCGCACAGCAGGGUGCCGACGGAAAAGAACUGCCGCCGCAGCCGCGCCGUGUCUACCUCGUCGGCGGGGGGAGUGCCAAUCCAGCGAUCGCGGAUCUGGCGGGGCAGGUUCUGGGCGGCGCGGAGGGGAUCUACCGGCUUGAUAUUGGGGGGAACGCGUGUGCGUUGGGGGCGGCGCAUAAGGCUGCUUGGGGAGUGGAGAGGGGCGAGGGGGAGGGGUUUGAGAAGUUUGUGGGCGGGAGGUGGGAUGAGGAGGCUUUCGUGAAGAAGGUUGCGGAGGGGUAUAGGGAGGGGGUUUGGGAGGGGUAUGGGGAGGCGCUGAAGGGGUUUGGGGAGAUGGAGAGGACGGUGUUGGAGGAGAAGGGGAGGGAUUUAGGUGCUGAGGAGGAUCCGGGGUCUAGUUUGACGAGGGAGAGGGAUCCCGAGAGGGGUGAGAGGGAUUGA